AUGUACACAAUAAGAGAGGAAAUAAACAAACAUUGUGUUGGUGAAGGAAGAGAGGGUUCUAAAACAAAGCCUACCACAUUGUUGGCCAUGUAUCAUUGUGGUGAAGGUUGUUUAUUAGAAAUGGAAGAGAAAGGUUCUAGUGAAGAGAGUAGAAAAUUACUAGAUGAAAUAUCUAAAUUACAAAAUGAAAUAUUAGAAUUAAAGAAUAAAGACAGUGAUAAAGAUAAGGAAGUAACAGAAUUACAAACUAAGAUAAAGGAAUUCAAUAUGCAAGAUAUAGAUAGUUUAACUUUACAAAAACGAGUUCAGUCAUUAGAAGAGGAGAAUCUUGACUUAUCAACCAAAGUUCAGGAUUUACAAAGACUGUUACAUGAAUCACGUAACUCACACGAUCAAGAAAACAAUGAUCUUAUCAAACUACAGAAUAAAAUGGGUUCAAAAGUUACUGAACUAUAUGAGUUACAUGAACAAAUUAUUUCAACCAUUAAAAAGGAAUCGAAUUCAUGAUGGAAUUAUUCUGUAAUUAUGGACACUGCUGAUCUGAAUCAAAUUGCAAAAUUAGUGCAAUUUAACAAUAAUACCAAUACUAAUGCAAUUGCCAAAUUGUUGUUCUGACUAGUUGUGUUGGUGUAUUCUGCAACAAUUGCUGAAGUGCUAAAUGGUUAUUCAAUAACCAUAAUGGUACUUACUGAACAAUACAAUUUAUCAUGAGAAAGGUAAUUGGAGAAAAUCUAAAGCUGUCUUGUGUAGAAGAUGAGUUGAUUUACUAAAUUUUGUCUACAGUUAAGAGUUUACUUCAUAUAUAAAUUCCUGUUUCCAUCCAUUUCAAAAUGCUAAAACUCAUUUUGCAAUUUUCAUCAGCCAUCAGCCAUCAAGCAAAAAAAGUACCAUUAACAAUGUUCUGCUUUUAAUUUAGAAUCUGUGAUGUCAUUAAUUCUGAUAGGAUUAAAGGCAGGUGGACCAUUUUGCGGGGUUGAUUUUAGUCUUGAAUAUAUAUCCGUCUUUAUAUGACAGAGUAUCUUAAAUUGACAAGUCAUCAUUUUAACAUUCAAACGCAGAUAAUUCUGGACAGACAUGGAUUUGGAGACUGUGAGCUGUGAACACUAUUACUGAUUAACUCAGCUAAAAUUUCCAGUUUCUAUGACUAAAGUAUAAUUGGUCAGAAAAAAGGCCUACCAGUCCCUUUAAGUCAGAUUUGUCAUUAACAAGUUUAUCAUGUCUGAAAUUUGUGUAAAUUGAACUGACUGAAGGCUAUAAAGAAUUGGCAUUAUACAUAAGUUAUGAACAGUAUUUAUAUCAUCAGUAUGUCUCACUUUAAGUAUUUAAUUCACAAUUAUAAUGUUUACAAUCUUUAUAAUGUCAAUAUGUUAUACCUUAUAUUGAAACAAAUACUUCAAUUAAUAAAAUUAGACUUAUUUUAGGUAUUUUAAGACAAUUAUCAGCAUGAUUUUUGUCACUAUUCCUGAUUUAU